AGAGUUACGCGCGCCGCUCACCUGUCACUAGCUCGAGCGCACCUGUCGUACGGUUUAUUCUUCAUCCUCACACCAAACACUUUUACAUCGUUUUUAACGUAUUUGAAAGCAUUUUCUCUUCACCUUGACUACUACAAACGCACCGUUUUUGGAGAAAGAUUGCACCUGUGCAGAGAUGGAGACUUAAAAGAGGAGCUACCUCAGGAGUUCAUAAACGCGAGGAGUUCAAAGAACAAUAUCAGAGAGUUUAUCUCCGCUGAGGGGUGGAUGUAAUAGAACAUGAGUGAUUUGGGAGCCCCAACAAAUUCAAGCAAUGGGGUGGCCAGAUCGGACAGCAAGAUCAGCGCCAAGACCCUGUUCGAGCAACGGAAGAAAUACUCCAACUCAAAUGUCAUCAUGCAGGAUACGUCUCAGUACCACGUGCAGCAUCUGUCGACCUUCAUCAUGGAUAAGACAGAGUCAAUCGCCACGGUGGACGAUGCCAUCAAGAAGCUAAUCCUGUUGGACUCCAAAGACAAAAUCUGGGCGCAGGAGAUGCUGCUACAGGUGACGGACAAAUCCAUCAAACUCCUGGACUGUGGGACCAAGGAGGAGCUUGAGAACUUCCCUCUGUCCACCGUCCAUCAUUGUCAGACGCUGCUGAACCAGGCGCGAUACCCUUCAGUCCUUCUUCUUAUCUGUCAGGACAAUGAACAGCACAAACCCGACAUCCACUUCUUCUACUGCGAUGAGGUUGAGGCAGAAAUGGUGCAUGCUGACAUUGACAGCGCUCUCGGAGAUGAUCAACGGGGCAAGAAGAUGCGGCCACAGACACUCAAACUGAACCAAGAAAAGAUGAAACGCCAUCGGGAGACCAUCAUCCCACCCUCAGAGCCGAAAGGUCCUGCCCCUGGGGUCAAAGGUCGAGUCGCAGCCACAGAUAUGAAAGGUGAUUUGUCGCCGCAGGACCCCGAGUCCAAUAUGAAACUCGCCCAGCUCAUUGAGAAGGACGUGCAAAUCCUGAACUGCUCCCUGGACGACAUUGAGAUCUUCGUGGCGCGUCUUCACAAAGCGGCAGAAGCUUUCGCUCAGCUCAACCAGCGUCACCGAAGCAAGAAAAAUAAAAAGAAGGGACCAGCAGAGGGCAUGUUAACACUGAGAGCGAGACCUCCAUCAGAAGCCGAGUUCGUCGACUGUCUGCAGAAGCUAAAACUUUCUUUUAACCUGCUGGCCAAACUGAAGAAGCACAUCCAGAACCCCAGUGCUGCUGAACUCGUGCACUUUCUGUUCGGACCUCUUGAGAUGAUAUUGCAGAAUUGUGGCAGUCCCGAUCUUCCGCGCAUGGUCCUCUCUCCUCACAUGUCCCGGGACACCGUUAACUUCCUGAGAGGUCACCUGACCCCUAAAGAGUUGACCAUCUAUGAGCUGCUGGGUGAUGGAUGGACUCGGCCCAGAGCUGAUUGGCCGAAAGAGCAGUGCGCUCCUCUGUAUGUGCCGAAGUUUCGGAAUGGCUGGGAGCCGCCGGUGGAAUUGUUCCGCACAUCGCCAUGGGAGACGGAGACCGUGGAGGUCCCAGAGAGCGCAGCGCUGCCGAAAUCCCCAGCGCAGCCAGAAUACAGAAAAGAAGAGUUCUUUGGAUCACAGUCGCCGGUGUCUAACGGGUCUUACUCCACGCCGUCUACUCCUCGCAAGUAUGCAAAGAUUCGCUAUCACUUCGUUGCACGUAACGCCAAUGAGCUCUCAGUUCUACAGGAUGAAGUUCUUGAGGUGUUGGAGGACGAUAAGCAGUGGUGGAAGUUGAGGAACAGAAGCGGUCAGGCGGGAUUCGUGCCUUAUAAUAUCCUGGAUGUGGUGAAGCUAGAGGAACCUUACGGCAUUAACGAUCCACCAUACAGUCCGUCUUAUCGAGUACAGACCCCCCUCGGCUCGAUGGGGACUGACAAAAACAGUCACAACCAACACAUGGAAAAAGUGAACGACGAGCUGCUUCUGAUGAUCACCAACAGUAAGAUGAAUCCACCCGCCAGGAACUUUAAGGUGGACCGUCACCCCAGCUCCGCCGUGCCGCUGACCUUUGACUCCAACCCUGCGCAGGUCACCACAUGGCUCAACUCCAAGGGCUUCAGCAAACCGACGGUGGAGCGUCUGGGCAUCCUGACAGGUGCACAGCUGUUCUCCCUCAAUAAAGAGCAUCUGAAGUCUGUGUGUGGAGACGAGGGCUCGAGGGUCUACAGUCAGAUCACUGUGCAGAAAGCACAACUGGAGAAGAGUCAAGGAGAAUCUGAACUCCAGGAAAUCAUGAAGAAACGGCAAGAGAAAAUCGAAUCCGGCGACAUCUGACGGCGCUCACUUGGACUGUCAAUCAAAGCGUCACCUGGCAACAGUAGCUGAUGGACGGAGCCCUAUAAUGAACUCAGAUGAGGUGUAGAUUCUGCCACGCUGUCCUCCAAACGUCUAAUCUGACGUAUUUUGUAAUUGUAUAUUUAUUGUUGGUGCUUUUUAUUAUUAGUGUAUGUACGGACCUUACUGUCAUUUAUCCGCAUCCAGAGGUUUCCAAAUCUUCUUCAUGUUGAUAAAUGCUUAUGAACUCUUACUGCAUGAAAACAAUGUGCGAGUGAAACGCUCAAAAACAUGUCCAUGUGCAUAUAUGUAUGCUGUAUAUAAAACCUGGACAUAUUCUUGACAGAUUGAGAAUUUGUGUCUGUAAACAGAGUGAAUGUUCUGGAAGUCUGUACUGAGAAAUGCAUCAUGCUGCGUAUGUAAAUAAUGUGCUAAAUCUAGUCUCAACAUGUUCUCAUGCUGAUCAUUGUCAUGUAUGAAUGAAGCAAGAACAGUAAAUUGAUCUCUUUCUACUCUAUUUCUGUCAACGCGGUAGACAUGCUUUAUAUUCUCACAAAGGAUUAUGUAGAGAUGUAAAAAUGUAUAAGAUCUUGUGUUAAAUCUUAAAAGAAAAAAAACAAGCAGUUAAGUUUAGUGUCAAUGCACAGGUCGAGUUUAAUCAGUAAUCCAAGUCAUUGCAAUUCAAAUUAAACCUGCUCUACAAUCUCUUAGUAUUACCCUCUGCUAGCUUUUGUCAAAAUAUUAUUUAUAAAAACAAAUCAUUGUAUUGUAAAUUUAAGAAAUAAAAUUAUUACUAAACACAA